AUGCCUAACUUUGACGACGUGACCCAACCGCCGCAUUUCCGCCCGCAAUAUGAGUACCCGCUCAUCGAGCGGUGCACGGUGUUGCUUAAAGAUGGCGAGACAACCGCCACCAUCUACCCUAUCCACUCGCCCGAGGACCUCCCGCCCGGACUCCUCGCGUUUCUCUGCGAUGAAUUCAACAUGGAGAUCGAACGCGGCGACACGUCCCCGUUCUUUGACACGUUGCACAUCGAAACUUUCCAAAACUACUGGUUCGGCUCGUUCGCGGCGGUCAUGGUGCUAGGCGACGCUCCCAACCUCGCGCUCGAGAGUAACCGUCAGUGGGAGAAGGAGUGUCUCGGGACAUUCCACGUCAAACCAAACUAUCCCGGUCGGUGUUCACACAUCUGCACUGCCGGCUUCCUCGUGAACGCGGGCAUCCGUGGCAAGGGUAUCGGGACCACGCUAGCGGAGUGCUAUCUCGCGUGGGCGCCCAAGUUGGGCUACACGUACUCCGUGUUCAACCUCGUGUUUGAGACAAAUGCAGCCGCGCGUGCGAUCUGGGAGGCGCUCAACUUCAAACGUAUCGGGCGCAUCAAGGCCGCGGGCAUCCUCAAGGGCAGCGACACGCCCGUAGAUGCGAUCAUGUACGGGCGUGACAUCGCGCCCACUACAGACGCGAACGUGGGCCUGUUCCGCUUCGACAAGAUCAAGUACUACUUAGAGACCGGGCGCUAUCCGUCGCUCUCGGACCGCCAGGAGAAAUCUCGUCUCCGCUCGUCUGCGUCGCACUACCACAUUGAGGACGGCAAGUUAAUGCUCAAGGACCGCGAGGUGGUCAGCGACCCCGACCGCCAGUUAACCAUCUGCAGCGAAACCCACAUGGUCAACCACGGAGGAAUCAACAAGACCACCUCCGCUAUCGCUGAGCGCUUCCACUGGACGCGCAUCAAGGACACCGUCGCGCAGGCAAUCCGUCAAUGUCCUGAAUGUCGCGAUCCAACCAAGUCCUCACUCCCAAAACCACGCCCAAUGAUGAAGCCAAAGCUUGAGCCACACGGUGAUGUUGCGCGCACCGUUGCAGCCGUCGCAAACCAGUUGCUCCUGCACGGCGCGGCGCUCAAGCCGGCCAGCGAGGCCCACGAUGUGGACGCCAUGAUCCACCAGAUGCCUGCGCGCCACGAGGGCUUGUUGCCGACCGAUCUUGCUGGCUUGGACCCGGACGAUCCAUCUGGCAUCAUCGCCGCAGUGGAGGCGGCGUCGCGCUCGCAGCACCAGGCGCCACCGUAUGGUCAGCAGUACGGGCUGUACCAGCAGGACUACUCACCACAGUACAACCAGUACGCGGAGGAGCACGAGGGCUAUCCGGAGAGGGAGGGUGAGAUUCCGGUAGACCCACAGGUCAGUGCAUUUGACGCGCAAGAACCGAACGGUGCGGAGAUUGAGAUUGCGCGAGCGUUGAUUCAGGCGAACGAGGAUGCAAAUGAGAUGUUUUAA